GAUACUCGGUCACUUAACCAGCGAAAUGCCUACAAUGUGUAGAAUGUUGAAUUAAAGCUCCGAGAAUUAAAAAAUUAAUCCAGGGGAGAAAUGGAGGCUGCAGGUGAUAUCACAAAAAUAGAUCACGGGGUGCCUGCUGCUGGUCUGGUGCCAAAGGCUCCAUGCUCAGAUUUGAGGAAAUCAGGCGAAAGACAGAGCAGCGAUAAUAGCAGGAGGCAACAGCAGGCACGAAGUGAAGGGAGGCUUCAUUCGUUCACAACUGAUAAGAAAGUGCCGCUCUUUCAGAAACCUGCAUCAGGCCACUCUGACAGCAUGCACAUAACAUCAGGAACACGGUCUUUUGAUGGUAUACGGAAGAUGGAUAUCAGCAUUGCUGAAAGAUGGCACCAGAUUGGACAGCAUCAAGGACUGCACCAUAAUACAGACAUUGCUGCAUUUUUAAUAAAUAUAUAUGAAAAGAGUGUGAGAUUUGGCAUAAAUAAAUUAGAGUGCUGCCCAAGGUGUGAGUCAAGUCUGAUUUUGUGCUGCGCAGCAUGCAAGUAUCAGCAUGAAAUCAAAGAUUUACAUUCAACAUCAAAUUAUGAUAAACAGCAUGAAAGCAAAACACAUUCAGCUUGUAUGGAGCAGUCUAAUCUGAAUGAAGCGAGCAGAGAAAUGGACUUGAAAGAAACGAAAAUGGCACCAUCCCUUGCAGAGGAGGUAGCAAACAGUGUAUUGUAUGCAGACUCUGUAACAUCUGUGUCGAGCCCAGGUGAAGUACAAAAGACCUCAUUAUCUAGUUCAAGCUUAGAAACUGGCGGGAACUUUAACGCUCCUGAUAGCAAUGACAUUAGUAAGCCCUUCAUCUUUCUUAAAGACAUCCACAACGGUAUUCACUCACACACCUAUCAAAAGCAAUCGCUGUGCAAGCCAGAAUUUGUGUCUCGUAAAAGGUGUGCUGUAGUAACAUCCACCAAAAAAGGCACAACAAAAAUAGACACAACUCUUUUGACGUUCAGAAGAAGGAAGAAGACCGAAUGUCUAGAUGUGAUAUGUGCAGUAUAACAUUUACACCAGAGGGCGAUCAAGACGUGCACGCACGGUUUCGUAGUGAUCAAAAGCUGUUCCUUUGCUGUGAGUGUGGGACAAGGUUCAUGAAACCUCGAGCUUUGAAAAUUCACAAGCGAAGUCAUCAAACCGCGAAGAACCUGCAGUGCCAAUUGUGUUCAUCGUCCUUUGUGUCAUCCCUCACGUUCAGGAAGCACAUGCAAAGUGCUCACGUCGUUAAGAAGCCUUUCCAAUGCCAGGUGUGUGAUUCGACCUUCAUGACCUCGAGUCACCUCAAAGUUCACAUGCGCUCGCACACUGGAGACAAACCUUUUAAGUGCAAAGAGUGCGGACAGGCCUGCGCGCAGUCUGGCGAGCUGGUGCGCCACAUGCUGACCCACACGGGCGAGAAGCCGUUCCACUGCAGCGUAUGCUCCUCGGCGUUCACCAGGGCUUCGUAUUUGACCGUCCACAUGCGCAACCAUCACACCGGCCACAAGCCCUUCAAGUGCCAGCACUGCGGCAUGGCGUAUGCCGACUCGCGCAACCUGAAGGUGCACCUGAGGAAGCACUCGGGCGAGAAGCCAUUCCUCUGCCAGGACUGUGGAAAGUCCUUUGCCGACCCCUGCGUGCUUGCUAGACACCGCAGACAGCACACGGGUGCAAAACCUUACAAGUGUGAACAGUGUGACGUGUCAUUCACCAACUCGGGGUCUCUGAAGUAUCACACCCGCAGGCACCUGGGCCUCAAGCCAUAUCUGUGCGAUGAGUGCGGUGCAGCAUUCACGUCGUCCAGUCAACUUUCCCAGCAUCGCCGGAUGCACACGGGGAUCAAACCUUUUGCGUGUCAGGAGUGUGGGGCCACCUUUGCCCGAUCCCAGAAUCUGAAGGCGCACCUGCUCAACCACAGCGGGCAGAAACCACCCAAGCGGCUCAAACGCUACACCUGCGAGUUUUGCAACGCGGUGUUCACGGACAACCGCAACUUCGUCAGGCAUGUAAGGAUUCAUACAGGUGAGAAACCGUUUAAGUGCAGCGACUGCGAGGCAGCGUUUGCUCAGCCAGGAGACCUGAAGAAGCACAUCAGGGUUCACACAGGUGAGAAGCCAUACACUUGUCCUGACUGUGCAUCAACGUUUCGUCACUCCAGUGGAUUGACCAUCCAUCGAAGAACUCACACAGGGGAAAAACCCUACAAAUGCCAACAGUGCGACUCGGCUUUCAUUUCCUCCAGCAAACUUACAGCACACGUAAGGAGUCGACAUAAACCGACAAAUGAAAGAGCUUAGUUCGAGAAAAAAAAAAAAAACCAACAACCUCCGUGUCUUAAGCUUUUUCUGAAUAGCAGGGUUACAUUUCGUGCGAUCAUUUGCCAAGGGAAAGCUACUUCAAAAAUAUGAAGACCAACUGCUGAAUAUUCUCCUAACUCUUAAUGUAUUAAACAGACGCUGUGUGUUUAUUACUGUUUCCAUUCAGCCUCACCCGUUAAACAAGACAGAUAUUUUGUUUUUCUUAUAGUGUUUAAUGUUCAAAUAAUAACGAUAUUAAUAUCGUAUACAGACUUUAGAAAUUAGUAUUAUGCUUGAAUUCCGCAGUAUGUGAUGGUCAUUCUCAGAAAAUGGAACAUUUACCAUCUAGUGAAGAAAUUUCCUGACAGAUUUAUAAGUUUUGCUUUACAUUAUUGUUUUUCGAUGAGAAAGAAGUAAACUAUGAAUAAGGAACAUUUUCUUGUAAACAUAUUUCAUACAUGAAAGAAAUCGAACAAGGUUUUGAAUCUUGAUUCUCAUGUUAUUCAAAGAGAAUAAUAAUAAUAGUGUGAGCUUUUAGUCACAGGUCAAACAUAAUGCCGAUGAUGUCAGUAAAAGUGCAGAUCUGUACAACAGGUACUACAAGCACAACAAAUCAAGAAGAAAACAAAAAUGCGGAGAGCUGCCCUUAAACUCACCAAAGCCUGUUAGGCGAAGGAGCACCAUUCCGGUAUGUGUGUGGCAUAAAAAACUAGAACCGACUCUUUAGAAAUUUAAUUUAACUUUUUACAUUUUUUGAAUCGGUUACCGAUAGGUAGGAGGCUGGAAGCUAAAAGAAUUCUUCCGCAGUUGUGGGUUCGU